UAAAUUUGAUGUAAUUUCUUUAAUGUUUUUGUUCUCUUUCCACAGGUGGGUGUCAUCUCCAGAAUCAUCUCCUCUCUAGAAUAAUCUCCUCUCCAGAAUCAUCUCCUCUCCAGAAUCAUCUCCUCUCCAGAAUCAUCUCCUCUCCAGAAUCAUCUCCUCUCUAGAAGAAUCAUCUCCUCUCUAGAAUCAUCUCCUCUCUAGAAUCAUCUCCUCUCUAGAAUCAUCUCCUCUCUACAGUACCUGGUCUACUAACGUGAUCCAUCACAAUUACCACCCAUCAGGUCCAUCAGAGUGCCAUCACACUGCUGAGGAGACAGUACAACCAACUGUCUGAACCAAAGAUGAAACAUUUCAGCUAUCGGUCUGAACCAAAGCUCUGACAGUCCUGCUCUGCCUCUGUUCUGAUCUAUUCUGAAACACCCUGUUCUGUUCUGGACGUUACUCUGAAACACCCUGUUCUGUUCUGGACGUUACUCUGAAACACCCUGUUCUGUUCUGAUCUGGAUGUUAUUCUGAAACACCCUAUUCUGUUCUGAUCUACUGUGGACGUUGCUCUGACACUGUCUGUGGUCUCCAUAAUGAAUGAUGUCUCUGCUCUCCCCUCCAACCACACAGACUGUCAGGUGGUGAAGGUCCCCCACCUGGUGUUCUUAGUGUUGGGUAUGGUGUCUCUCAGUGAGAACCUGUUGGUGGUGGUGGCCGUGGUGCGCAACAAGAACCUCCACUCCCCAAUGUACAUGUUUAUCUGUAGCCUGGCCACGUUCAACACCAUCUCCUCCCUCUCCAAGACCUGGGAAACCCUGAUGAUGGAGUUCAGCGAUGUCGGACAACUGGACUCCCGGGGGGACUCCGUCCGGAGGGUCGAUGACGUCAUAGACGCGCUGCUCUGCAUGUCUUUUAUCGGCUGCAUCUGUAGCUUCCUGGCCAUCGCUGUGGACCGCUACGUCACCAUCUUCCACGCACUGCGCUACCACAACAUCAUGACCACGAGGCGAGCCGCCGCCGCCCUGGCAGGGAUCUGGGCGCUAUGCGGCGUCUCCGGGGCGGUCAUGGUGGCGUUCUGCGACGCCACGGUCAUCAAGAUCUUUUUCAUCGUGCUCUUCCUCGUCUCGCUGCUCCUCAUCCUCUUCCUCUACGUCCACAUGUUCCUGCUGGCUCGGUCCCACGCCAGGAAGAUUGCAGCGCUGCCCGGGAGUGCCAUGCCGCACCGCAGCCUCCGGGGGGCGCUCACGCUCACCAUGCUAUUCGGGGUGUUUGUGGUGUGCUGGGCGCCUUUCUUCCUCCACCUCCUCCUCCUCAUGGUGUGUGUAGAGAACCCCUACUGUGAGUGCUACCGCUCUCUGUUCCAGCUGAAUUUGGUUCUGCUGAUGAGUCACGCCGUGGUCGACCCGGCCAUCUACGCCUUCCGCAGCGCAGAGCUACGAAACACCUUCAGGAAGAUGCUGCUCUGCUCCGACUCACCACUCUGCUACAAGGUCAAAGCUCUGUUCCACUGAAGGGCUUUGUCUGCACCCUAUUCCCUAGAUAAUGCACAACUUUCCACCAGAGUUUUUGACCCCGUGGGGCUUGGCUAGAGGUAGGGCACUAUAUAGGGGGUAGGGCAC